AUGAUAAAAAAAGAGCAUAAAUCUCAUUUUGCCAGACAAACUUCUCUUGGCAAAACAGAUUUCAAUAGUGAAUCAAAACAAUAUUAUGAACAGGUAAAAGUACUUUCUAACUUAGUAAGCUUUAGAAUCACAUCCUUAAACUAUACUGUAACCAUGUCUUUUAGAUUUUGUAAAACCAAAUGGUAGUCAAGAAGAUAAUGAUGCACUUAGUGAUAAUAACUCAGAUGAAGAUUCACCUUCUAAUAAUAUUGAUUUUGCAUAAGUUUAUAGUCAUGAAAUGAUUAUACAUGAACCAAAUAUACCUCGAUCUUAACCAUCUGAAUAACUUGAAGAAUAAGAAUAAGAUAAUCAAUAUAUUAUGAGUAAAGACACUACAUAUCUAAAAUAAGAAAAUUAAUUAAUCUUAAAACAUCAACCUUAAACCACAUAAUUAACAAGCAUUGAACAAACAUAAAGAACAGAAUAAGGAUUAUUAGAUAUCUUUAAUAAAAAUGCUAAUCGUAAAGUAGUUCCAGAAUCUCAUACAAAUACUAAUACAUAAACACAAUCAUUAUUUUAUUAGUCUACUAUUUAUUAAAAUUUCUCAACAAUAUCAUAAAUUUUACUGUUGCAUGUAUUUUCAUAUAUGAGAAAAGUUUAAUAAUUAAUUUCAGAAUAAAGAGUUAAAUUGAACUUAAGUCAUCUCCCACUCCAAGACCAAGAAGAUACAAUAUAACCCAAUUAUCAAAAAGCUAAAAAGUUAUUUAAUCUAAAAGUAACAAAAUUUUAACAUUUAGAUUUCUGAGUAAAUAACUUCUUCAUCCUUAUUUCGUAUCUUCUUUUUUGGUGACAACAAAUGGUUAACUUUCAAAAUUGUCAUCUUAGCUAUGAGUGAAACUUAUUCCAGAUUUGUUAUGGCUAUCUUAACUCAAACUCUAAUUGCUGCGAUCAAAGAAGGAAAUUAAAGUAAUGCUUUCUAUUAGGCUAUUGCCUUAGCCAUUUUAUCACUAGUAGCACUCUUAAGCAAGCAUUAUUAAUUGUAUUAAUUUAAUAAAAAUAUUUCAAUAGAUAUACUAUUAAUAAUUUCUCUACAAAAAUGAGAAUGAUUUUAACUAAUUUUAUUUUUGAUAGAAUUCUUGAAUUAAAAGCUUAUGAAAUUAAAGAAUUCAGUGUUGGUAAUAUUAUGAAUUUAGUAAGUGGAGAUAUAAAUGCUAUUGAAUUUCAAUUAAAUUUUAUCUAUGCUAUAGCUAUUAUUCCUGGAUCAAUUAUUUUUGCAUCAGUAAUUCUAUGGGUAAUCUUUUAUAUGUUAUGUAGUUAAGAUUCGAUGGUCCUAUUGGCUUGAUUGCUAUAUUAAUUUGUAUCAUAAUUUAUCCAUUGCAAGUCUUAAUUUAAAAACGUGUCUAGAAAGUCUUGACUGAGGUUAAAUAAAAAUAAGAUAAUCGUAUAUCAUUUUAAAAUUAACUUAUUGAAGGUAUACGUCUUAUAAAAAUGUAUGUUUGGGAAAAGGCUUUUUAAGAUAAAAUUUAUGAAAUUAGAAGAUAGGAAGUUUUCAACUAUUUUAAAAUUCAUUUUUUAAAUUUGAUUGAUAGAUCAUUUAAUUAUAGUGUUCACAUUUGGGGAUCAUAUCUAUUUCUAUUGAUCAUUUAUUUUAAUGAUAUAUAUAUUGAUGUAUCCUCUAUUGUUGGAACUAUUUAAUUGAUGUCUAUGAUUAAAUAUUAUUGUGUAUUUUAGGUUUCAUAUGCAUUUUAAGCAUUUAUGAACCUAAAUGUUAUUUUUAAAAGGGUUGUUUAAAUAAUGACUUCAAAUGGAUCAAUAAGUGAAAAAAAAAGAUUAUUAUUAACAAAUAUAGAGAGUGUAAAUACUGCUAUAAGGAAAUCAAAUACAAUAAAUGUGUAUGGGAAAACUAAACCAGGAAAUGAAAUAAAAAAAUAGAGUUGUAUUAUAAAGAGAGUUCCAUAUGUAACAAUGGUAGAAGUAUCAUUAAGAUGGAAGGCAAGAUCAUUUCCAGUAUUAUCAGAUUUAAAUUUGGAAGUUUUUCCAGGUUAAUUGAUAGGAUUAAUAGGAAGAGUUGGUUCAGGUAAGACUACUUUGUUGUAAUCGAUAUUAUAGGAAUUACCUUAAAUAGACGGAGAAUUCUAUGUAAAAAAGAACAUUAAUAUUUCUUUUGUUGAAUAAGAUCCAUUUAUUUAUACUGGAACAGUGAGAGAAAAUAUUUUAUUUGGUAAAGAAUUCGAACAUGAAUUAUAUAGAAAAGUAAUGCAAGUAUCAUGUUUAGAUUAAGAUGUAUUAUCAUUUUAAGAUGGUGAUAGAACAUAGAUUGGAGAAAAAGGUGCUAAUUUAUCAGGAGGAUAAAGAGCUAGAUUAAGUUUAGCAAGAGCUCUUUAUGCUUUACCUGAUUUAUAUUUAUUUGAUGAUCCAUUAUCAGCAGUUGAUGCUAAAGUUGCUAGAAAAAUAUUUACAUAUGCUAUAAAAGAUUUUAUUUUCAAAUUCUAACCAUAAUAUUAAUUAGAAAAAAAUACUAAAUUUCAUUAGUAACAUAUUCCUUAAAUUCCUGCUGUGAUAUUAUCUACACAUUAAAUUUAAUUUGCUUUAGAAUGUGAUUACGUUAUAAUUUUAGAUAAAGGUACAAUCGUAAAUUAAGGAACUUAUAAAUAAGUCAAAGAAACUUUGGCUCUAUUUAACUCUGAUAUUGUAGAACCUGUUAAGAAAUAAUUAGUGAGAAAAUAGACGAGAUUGGCUACUUUAUUAAAUAAAUAAUAAGAAAAAGUUGAAAAGAAAGAAGUAGUUUAAUUGUUUUUAAAAGAAGAAAAUAAUUAGACUGAUGCUGGAUGGACAACAUAUAAAAGAUAUUUUAGUUAUUGGAGUCCAGUAUUUCUAAUUCUUAUAAUUGUUGGUUAAAAUGUUGCCACUGAGAUUAUAAACAAUUAUUAUUAUAGAGAAAUGGCUUUAUAUGAUGAAACAGAUAGAGCAGCAAACAAUCAAUUAUUCUUAAAUGCUGGACUCUUAGUAUUAGCAGCAUAUUGUAAUAAUAUUGUGAAAUACUUUUUAAAUAUUAUAGGAGUUCUUAUUUCUAAUAAUAAGAUUCAUAAUGAAAUGCUUUCUAGAUUAAUUAGAGCACCUAUUAGUUACUUUGAUACAAAUCCAUCAGGAAGAUUAAUUAAUAGAUUUUCUACUGAUUUAUCUUUAGCUGAUAAUUAAAUUCAAUAAAUUAUUACUGAUAUUUUUGAAUAAGGAUCCUAAUUUUUAGUUUCACUUGUAACUAUAGCUAUUUUAUAACCUUUAUUUACUUUUCCGUUAGUUUUCACUAUUAGUAUGACAAUAAUAAUAUUUUCUAUAACUAGAUAAGUUGUGUCUCAAUUAAAAAUAUGUGAUCUAAUUUAAAGAUCGCCAUUAUUUGAUCAAUUUAAAGUAUGUUUAUAUGGGAUUACUUAAAUAAGGAUAAAUAAAAAUUAAGAAUGGAUAAGAGAAUAAUUUUAUAAAUUAUGCAAUUAAUCAAUGCAAGCAAAUUUAAUAUUUUCUUAUUCUUAAAGAUGUUUUGGAUUUUAUAUAGAUAUUUUUGGUUAAUUUACAAAUAUAGCAGGAAUAUUUCUUAUUAUAGCAAUGAUAGAAGAUCCUACAUUAUUUUCUUAGGCGCUUUUAUUGUUAUCUACAUUUAAUACUUAAGCUGGUACACUUAGAUAAUUCAUGGCUUUUGAUUCAAUAAUGAAUAGUGUAAAUAGAAUGUUUGAAAUUUGCGAUAUCUCUUUGGAAGCUUAGUUAUUUUAAUAAAUAGAUGAUGAACUUGCUGUGAUUGGUUGGCCUGAAACUGGAGCAAUUUAAUUUUAAAGAGUGGAAAUGCAAUAUCGACCAGAUAUGCCAUUUAUAUUAAAGGGAAUGAGUUUUAGAAUUGAAGGAGGUGAAAAGGUUGGAGUUGUUGGUAGAACUGGAGCUGGUAAAUCUUCUAUUAUUCAAGCUUUAUUAAGAAUGGCAGAAAUAACACCUGAUGGGUAUAUUAUUAAUAUUUACUUUAGGAAUAUUUUCAUAGAUAAUUAUGAUAUUAGAGAAAUAGGAUUAGCAAAACUUAGAUAAGAGAUUGCUAUCAUUCCAUAAGUUCCAUUUUUAUUUAGAGCUACUAUUAGAGAAAAUUUAGAUCCUUUAUAUUUGUUUGAUGAUUCUAAAAUUUGGAAGGUUUUAAAAGAAACUGGAUUAUAAGAUUAUGUAUUAGAUCUUCCAAAAUAAUUAUAAUCUGAAGUCUAGCCUGAUUUAUUUUCUAUUGGCUAAAAAUAACUUAUCUGUUUAUCAAGAGUUUUAUUGAAUAAGAAAAAAAUCUUGAUUUUAGAUGAAGCUACUGCUAAUGUAGACAUGGCUACAGAUGCUUUCAUUUAAAGUACUAUUAAAGAAAAAUUCAGUGAUUGCACAAUCAUUACUAUUGCUCACAGACUUAAUACUAUUGCAGAUUAUGAUAAGAUUCUUGUAUUAGAAGAAGGUAAAGUCUUAGAAUAAGGACAUCCUUUUGAACUUUUAGUCACUAAUCCAAAAACUUCUUAAGGAAUUGAUAAAGAAUCUGUUUUUGCUAUGAUGGCUAUUUAAACAGGAGUUAAAAAUGGUUAAGCUAUUUAUGAAUUAGCUAGAAAAGCUUAUAUAUAAAACAUUCUUAAAAAAGAAUAUAAAAGAGUUAAAACCAUCAUUUAAUCUGCCAAGUAAAGAAAAUCUGAAUUGUUUUCAUAAUAAUCAUCUAUUAAUGGUGAUUUAAAGCAUCUAACUCCACAUUUAAGUAGCAAAGAUUGA